CACACACUACACAAUAAUUACUCGCACUGACAUCGGUUUGGGAUGAAUGAGUUUGACGUUCGCUUGGCCGAAGUUGCGGACCAGGAUGGAAUCAACAAGCUGAUCCGAUCACCGGGCGUCAAGUGGUUUGGCAACAUCCGGCCGAAGUUUCGGGGCAAGGACUCCCUGUUCCAGGCCUAUCAGACUUACAGGAUGGUGGCCCUUAGCAGGCAGUCCUCUGCCUUGGUGGCCUACGCCGAGUUACGGAACUAUCCGUCCAUCGCCGCUCUGCCCACUGAUUGCUGGCUGGAGUGGCUGUCCGUUAGAUACUGUUUGACCCUGUCCAUUAGUUGGCUUAAUGCGUUGUUCUUCAACUUCUGCAUCUACAAGAACGAGUACUCCAUGGUUCUCGUCGAAAUCAUUAAGGAAGUGUUCUAUAGGGAGAGCAGGGUGUGCUAUCUGAUCGCUGUUAGGACACCGUUUGUGCGACAGCCCUCGCACUUCAUUGAGUCCUUCGAUGAUUUGGAAAAACUAUCCGAGGUCUUCUAUCCGAAGGAGUUUAGCUCGGAAAAGAACUCCAACACGCAGGCUCUAUACAUUGUGGAUCGGGCUGUCCUGCUGCCGAAGAUGACGUACCGGAAGGCGCUCGCCGAGGACAACGAUGAUAUAAUAGCACUCCAAGAAAUCGAGAUGCCCGAACUCAGAGAGGAGCUGGGCGACUACUAUAUAGCCGAAGAGGUGAUGCGACAGGAUUCGGAAGCCGAAAAGAGCUUUCUGGUCGUGGCCGAAACAAGCAAUCAAUGCGAGGAGACCGAGAUGGUCCUCUUCCUUUGGAUGACCACGGACAUCGACAUCCUGUUCUAUGUCCGCAACUAUGAGGUGGAAGCUUUCGGAAACUUGGUAAAGCCCGUCGAUGGCAAGUCGUUCCACUACGAAACGAUACCGGUGUCAUCGGUCCAGCGCAGGGCGGAGGCCAGCAUGUUCACCACAGAUGCCCUGGACGAUCUGGAUGCUAUGACGAUUCUGGGAGGUCUGCAGAGGGUUGACAGCGGUAUGAGCGUUGCAAGCCUGGGUAAGAUGAAGGUUAGCUCUAUCGCUGGCACAAUUGUGGAUACCCACGUUUCCGGCGACAACAAGUUCUACAUGCGGGAACGCCUGUACUCAAAGUUCAAGUACAUCCUGGAGAAGCUCCACAGCACCGGAUACUACUUGCGCAACGAAGAAAACGUAAUUAACUUCAUAUAUCCUGCCGGAAAGGAUAUCGCUGGUUCGGCGGCUAGAAAUGCGGCUUCGAACGUUUUCCUUCUGAAAAGUAUUGUGGCCCGACAGGACUUCACACCACGCCUUUUUAACGCCAUAGUGGCCAUGUUCUGCGCUUAUCCUGAUCGCGAUUACUGCAUAAUGCUGAUAGCCGCGAAUAAGAAGGCCAACCGGAGCUAUGUAGAGGUGUUGCAGUACUUCAUGCCAGUGGUCUCGCGUCCCAGCAGUGUGUGCAACCUUGCCGAGGUAUACAUAACCCAUCGGAGCACCAUCUUCGGAGAGAUCAGCCUGUACAAACUACAAAAGGAAGACGUAUCCGUGGUGCACACCUUGGCCCUGGGGAAGUUGUCCAAUGAGGCAAUUUCCCGUGAUUCCACCGCCAGCAGCUUCUCUUACUGCUCCAAGAUAAACGAGCGGGCGGAGCUGGAGCACGAGACUCAUGUUCUCGAUGCGAUCAUGAAGGAUGUGCUGGAGAACGAGUUCAGUGAGUUCGCGGUGUUCACCAUUCGCUGUGGGAACUCUACGAAGUCCGCCAAAGAGAACACUUCGAUCGGGUUUGUGGUGCUUCGGCAAUUCCACAGUCAUGGCCAGCUCUUUGAUCACUACCAUUUGCCGAAGCACGACACACAUUUGCAGCGACUGAGGGCCGAGAUCAUAUCACUGCGACUGCAUCCUCUCUUCGUGGUCAGUGCCGAUCUGAUCUUCAGGGAUUUGGCCAGGAAGACCAACUUUUACGACUUUUUCUUCAUCAGUCCGUUUGAGGGACAUAGGUACACCAACGACCUAAAGAAAAUGAUGAUGGUUGUGGAACCGAAGACCAUUAAAAAAGCUCCUGUUUUCUUCAGAGUCCCCAAUGAGCAGAAAAAGCCGAGGAACAAGUUGAACCUUCCCAGUCCCAAUUACUCCAAGGAUUAUUUGAUCAUCUACCGCCACAAACUCAAUCCGGUGAAGUGGUUUACCAACAGUAAGAAACUGGUCAUCAUUGGAUUCAGUGCUGUGACCAAGGCCUUCCUGAGGCAGCUCGUCUUCCAGUGGAAUAGCAGGGACCAUAAAAACUCGGACAACUUCACAUGCCUCAGCUGGUUGCAAGUAACCGUGAUAUGCCGGGCGGGUGUCGUGGAGGCGGACUACGACAGUCUCUUCAAGUGUCCCUAUUGCACCAGCACCCUGGGAUGCUACCUGUCCUACCAGAACGAAUCCUGCUUCGUACGAGAUUGUUGUGUGCGCCUCGACUUCCGGUACUGGGUGCACUUUGUGCCCGGCAAGGUGGAAAUGAUUAAUAGAGAGCAAAAGUUCGUUAAGAUCGAAUCGUGCGAAAUCCACUAUGACACGCUCCUGCUGAUGUGUGAACGAAAGUUUGUGCUACGUUCUCCGGACAUGCCUGUGCAUACGGAAAGACCCUGCAAUCUUGUCGAGGUCAACUUCCGGCUGAACAAGCUCCUGCUCUUCUACAAAGUCCGUGCGCUGCUAGAGGACAUGCCGCGCACCUACUUGAUCCUGGUUUAUGGAUCCAAUUUGUCCACCUACGAGGGUAUCGCCUUUCUGAUUAGCCACGGCGUAGACUGCUCGCGAAUGGUGUUUGUUCAGCCGCAUCGAUAUACCUGCAAGGAUCCGGAUAUAAAGGAAAAGAGUCCCUACUGGGACCAAAACCUGCAGCUCAUCCUGGACGACAUCCUCGCAGAUAAGGGGCUUUUGAUCUACAUAGACUAUAACUUUCACCACUACAACUUGCACAAGUCGUCCGACUUUAUUAUGGAGGUGAAUUUCGAGCACUAUUCCAGUCGAAAGCAGGCGACUUUCGAGUGCGACCUAUUUAUCUCUUUUGAGGAGGGAUACCUUCAUGAAAGGCACAAGCGCUGGCUCAAUUCGGCCAAUAUCGAGAUAGAUGGCAACGAAAUUCUGGUAAACCAGCGCUACCAGACCAAUGAUCCGGACAUCUAUGCAGUUGGCAACUUUAUCAAGAUGCAGCCGAAGCCAAAUUAUCAGUACAGAUUCGUCAGUGAGCGGGAGAUGGCCCGCAAGAUUUUACACUAUCUGGAUAUUGUUCCCGUUAAGGAUUUCGAGGAUCGAUUCUCUGAGCCCCUGUUUUUCCAGGCCACUCUGCCGUUACGUUACUUCAUUACCAAAAUCACCUUGCCUCGAAGAUUUUUAAGUUCGCACUUGCCCUUCAUGGACAAGUGCAAUUUGACGACGUACAAGAAGAACACAUUCUGCCGGGUUGGCCUAUCCAGGCAUAUGGUGGUCGAUGAGAUCGUGGUUGUAACGAAAAUGGAGUGUCAUUUGGACUUCCUUCAGCACUUUUGUGGCAAGCACGAAUUGCUCCUCAACAAUCUCAGGUCGCGCUACAAGGCACAGACGAUUCACUCAUUUCUGAAGUACUUUCAAGAGCCCUGGACAGAAUUGAUAAUGCACGAAAACUUUAAGGACCUUCAGGCGGAGAACAAAGAGCUCCUAAGCCCAAUGGCCAUUACCGCGCUAACACGAGCAGACCGUGUAUUGGGAAGUGUAACCGACAUGGAUUUCUCGACGCUGAACAGGCGCUACCUGGAGCUAAAGCUGCUGGCUUUUCUGAAAGAUCAUCGACGGGACUUUCGGCAUAAGUUUGCCCUACCCGAGGAUUUUCUUAAAGCGGAUCAGCAUGAGUGGGAGCGAUACAUGAAUAGGACGCCGGAUGAGACAUCUGAAGAGUCAGACUCCUAUGCUCCAACUCAAAUACAAGUUCAACUAAUUUUUUGAAAAAUGCCCCGAA